CGCUCAGGAACCUGCCAUCGCAGCCAGAUCUUCCCCACACCCUCGCCAUGAAGGGUCCCCUCCUUGGAGGCAUGUUCUCACGGCAUGUCAAGCGGCACCCCGGACUCAUUCCCCUCAUUGGCUUCAUCAGUGUUGGCCUGGGCAGUGCUGUCCUGUACUUGCUGAGGCUGGCCCUGUACAGCCCGGACGUCAGCUGGGAUCGAAAAAAUAACCCUGAACCCUGGAAUAAGCUGAGCCCCACGGACCAGUAUAAAUUUCUGGCAGUUUCCACUGACUACAAGAGCCUCAAGAAGGACCGUCCCAAUUUCUGAGCUGCCCGGGGAAUGUACUGCCGUGCUGGGGCAGGGGAGAGCACGCCCACUCCCCUGGCAGCACUGCUGCAGCCCCCACCAGCCCUCCCAGCUCUCGCCUGCCCCAUGGCUCUGCGACAGGUCACCGCGCACACAGGCCUGACUGCUUUCUCAGCACCCCCAAACCGCGGGGCUGCACCCCUCCCACAAUAAACUACAUCA